AUGGGUUGCUUCAACUCGACCGACACCGUGGGGGAUCAGGACCCUACGAAGGGAUACAUGUACACGAAGCCCAAGGCGAGGGGGACAAAGGAGGCGCUCUUCGGCGGACUUCUCUACCGCAUUACCGACGAGGAGGAGGGCGGCUUGGCCUUCUACAACAACUCGAUGGACUACGAGUUUCACAUCAAGUACCUGUUUGGCGCCGAUAGUCAGCUGAACGCGGUGGGCGACACCAAGUUCGAGAUUCAGGAUGACGGUAUUCUCGCCGAGAUGGUCGUCUACCCGUUGGAGACGAGGCACUUUGUGCAGGGCACAAUCGACGGCUACGAGAGCAAGCUCGAGGCACUGCCGCUGUCGGAGGAGUACUUUGCGCAGCACCCGGAGAUGGAUGAGGCGGCCUACUACCGCCGUCUCGAGGCACCCAAAAGCAGCCAAUUUUAA